CCUGUUUACACUUUGUUACAGUAUGGACAUAAAUGUGCAUAAGAAGUUAGACUUUUAAAACGUAUCAUAAUUACAAAUAGACUCUUGGCUAAAGCUGAUGUGUAGAAUGUGGACACACACGUGGUUUCCCUCUGGAUGAAUGAAUGGAGGCGGAGAUCCAAUGAGGUGACACCUUUCUUGAAAUCCACUUCCUCAGCUGGAUCAGUGGAUGAGAUGCACCUGCAGCCAGACGGACUGAUCCUGAAGAGAAGAACACGAGCUGUGUGGCAGGGUUAGAGAGGACUCUGUGGCUCAAACUUUUUUUUUCUUGAGGUUUUCCUUCACAGAAAUGACAGGGCUCCGUGACAGCAGGACCAUGCAGCAAGUAUCCAGCCGGCUGGCGGUGGAUGGUGGUGAUGUUGGAGAUGAGUUUAUGUACCUGAUGGAUGACACAUGCACUUCUGAUGAACUGGAGAGCUCUGAUCUCCAGACACAGUGUCUCGCUGCACCACAAGCCCCUCUGCCAACCUACACCUACAAGCAGAGGCUUGAUGAAUUUAAGAAGGUGUUUAAAGACUUGCCAGAAUCUGUGAGACUCAUAGUGGACUACCCGUGUGCCCUCCAGAGGGACAUUCUCCUUCAGGGACGACUCUACCUCUCAGAGAAUUGGCUCUGUUUCUACAGCAACGUGUUUUGGGGUACGAAGAUUAUACUGAGUCUUAAAGACAUCACAUCUAUGACCAGAGAGAAAACUGCUCGGCUGAUUCCCAAUGCCAUCCAGAUCUGCACAAGCGCAGAGAAGUUAUUCUUCACAUCCUUCGCUGCCAGAGAGAAAAGUUACAAAAGUGUUUUCUGGAUGUGGCAAAACGUACUGAUGGAUAAGCCUCUGACCAGCUCGGAGUUUUGGCAAGUGGUUAAGCAGCAUUAUGGGAAUGACCUGGGACUAAGCCAUGACGAGAUGGAGAGCUUACAGGGAUCGGCAGAAUCCAGCAUGCAGCCCAGUCUGCCAGUAAGGUCUGGCGUUCCUGUGGUCGACGAUGGCGGCGGGCGGUUGGAGCGCCCAGUGUCCCUUCGGCUUCCUGUGGUGGAACUGGGGUCCUUCGAGACCUCAACACCGCAAGGGGAGGAGAUUCCCUCCCCAAUUGGUGCACAGAGCACCAGCUCUGCCAACACGCUGGAUGAUUCUCGCAACACCCCGUCUCAGCGACACAGUCCUGCUCCUUCGCUGGACCGUCUCGUUCCGGAACGCACCUCCAAGUGCUCCUCUCUUUCUCUCGACCUCAACGCCAAUGAGAAUGAGUUGUCUGAGCAGAGCGGUUCAGAGGGCAUCGAUGAAGAGGAGCGGGUUGGUGUGUCCCAGGAGCUGGGGCGACUCUAUCUAAACAAGGUCUUCCACAUCAGCGCCAGCAAAAUGUUUGAGCUGCUCUUCUCUGACUCACCUUUUAUACGCAGGUUCAUGAAAGUCAGGAAGAUGACAAAUGCCAGCUUCAACUCUUGGUAUAAAGACGACUCUGGAAACAAGAAGAGGAGUCUCAACUACACAAUAACUAUUAGCAACCCACUAAUUGGGAAGUUUUCUACAGCAACAGAGAACCAGACCUUGUACAAAGAAUCCAGAGAUGGCCACUACUACCUUGUGGACGCGGAGGUGUACACUCAUGAUGUUCCCUACCAUGACUACUUCUACACUCACAAUCGUUACUACAUUGUGCGGAACUCAAAGCGGAAGUGUCGACUGAGAGUUUAUACUGAGGUAAAGUACAGGAAACAGCCGUGGGGUCUGGUGAAGUCCUUUAUCACCAAAAACUCCUGGAGCGGUAUAGAAGAUUACUUCAAAGAGCUGGAAGCAGAACUGCUGGAGGAGGAAGCUGAGCUGACUCAAGCAGGCGGAGACUCGGGCAAGAUUGGGGCACUCCGACGGAGGAGGCGGACUUACAGUCGGACCAUGUCUGAACACAUGAAGCCCAACAAGCAGUAUGGACAAAAUUCUGAACAGCACAGAGAUGGUACCAGGGUACCUGCAGAAAUGGCAGGCCCGCACAGAUGGAACAUCACAACGAUAGUGGCUUGGAUGAGUGUGAUUUUGCUGAUCCUGACUGUGCUGAAUCUGGGCCUGUUCUUAAAGUUGUGGGCCAUGGAGGAUGUGGCCCAUCGCAUUUACCUGAGCACUAAACAUCGCCUUCAGGAAAGGAACGCAGCAGCCAGCUUGGUGGCUGAAUGUGGUACAAGACAACAGCCAGCGUAUAGGACUAGAGAGGAGGCACAGUUGCUGAAAGCUGUUCUUCAGGAUUCCAUCAACCUUUUAGAACAACUCCGGAGUUCCCUGAUGGUGCUGCAGCAGAACUUCGCAAUGGCCAAUCGAACAGCAACGCCACAAUGACACACGUCAUGUAGCAAGCACAGAGUGCCGCCCCCUUGAAAAAGAUUUAUAGCAUUGAAAUGCCUUUUAGAAAACCUCUGGUAUUCAGUGACUUUGCCCUGUAAAUUCUCAGGUCCCUGAUUGGCCGUAUGUUAUCGGCUAAGUGUCCCAAAGCUUCUGGUUGGGGUAUCAAAUGCCAGGAUGGUUUAUUAAAUGCUGCACACUAAAGGCCGGGAGGGUGUGGUCACUGUCACGUGCUGUUCUGAGCCAUGCAGUCUAUGUUCUGAGCUCAUUUGUCUAGUGUCCUUUCCACUUAUUUUAAUCAAUGGCAUUAGAUACGACAGAAUGAGCAGUGUGUCACAUGAAUGUAUCUUGAUUGAUUACAGGGAAUUAAAUGCAUUUUAAUCAUUGUGGGUUUAAAUUCUCCCACCUCACAAAAAAUGUGCCUAUUUUGUACUUAUAAAAUGUUUUUGUAUAUUCAGGCUUGACAAGACUACAAAGUUUACUGGACUGACAAAAACUGGUGUCCAUUAUUGUACAGCAGAUGUAUUAUUUAAUGUUUUUAAUUUAACUGAAUCACUGGGAUUGUCUGACUUGAGCAGUCACAAUGGUGCCUGAUUAUUAUUAUUUUUUUUAAUUAUUUAAACUGACUGCACAUAUGUAAUUGGCAUUGUGUUUGACCUCUGCAUUGAGCUAUAGGUUACACUUAUUAGGAUAUGUUGAUACAGAUUAUUCACAGGUUAUUAAAGCUGUAUAGGAGAGGUGAGCCUUGUUUAAUAUAGUUUCUUGGUAUGGUGCACUUGCUUUCACUUUACUGAAUUCAUGUUCUGUGACUUCUAAGUUAACACUGAGCACAUAAUUACAAUUUUAGCAUUGUUUGGUGACUUACAUUGCCAUCAUAUACAUAGGUGCACCAUUUGGUCCUUUCGUCAUACAAAUGCUUUUGUUUAAUCUUACAUUUUGUACUUUUUUUAACUUUGUGAUGCACCAUUUUAAUAAAUGAUACUA